GCCCGGCACCAAUUACUUCGGCGUGACUCGCGGCCAGCCAGCAGCGUGGGGAGAAUGGUUGCCAUUGAUAUUCUCUGGCUGCGUCAUGAUGAUGGUGCGACAGCAGGACACAGACGGUCGCCAUGCGUCGUCGAGACUACGCCAGCCCACACAGUACACGUCGCCUCCGUGCAAAUCCCGCCCCGUGUCGGCGCACGCAGCGCUCCACCACGCGGUCAAGUACCAAUCCAUUUCCGACAUGUCGGACGACGGGAGCGACUCGGACUCGUCGGUGUUUCCGCUGCGCCGAUGUUUAGUCGCGUCGUCAUGCUCACCCACGACGUCGACGAGAAAGUUGCGGCGGCAGUUUCCGACGCUGUCGCCGAAAAGUGGCAAACACGUGCCGGCGGCAGAAUCGGCGGCCAUGGAAGCCACAAUCAAAGAGCAGCGCCUUCGACUGAUCAAGCUUGAAGACGAACUCGCGAUCGUUCAAGGAAAGAACAAAGAGCUGGAAGCGGCCGCGGCGGAAGCGGCCAGUGCCCACGAACAGCAAGAAGCUGUCCUCCAUCACUUUGAAGGCCUCGUCACGUCGCUUCGACAAACCCUCGAGACGGAGCAGGACAAACACCGCCACGAGUUGCGCCGGAAGAACGCUGAGCUCGACGAACUGCGCUGCAUCAACGAAAACCUUCGGCAGGAGAUUCGAGACGGUCAUGCAGCUAUGACCGAGUGGCAGGAGCAGGCCAAGCAGGCUGCAGUGCACACACGACGAUUGUGGCAGGAGCGUUUGGAAAUGGAAUACGAAAUUGUGCGGAGUGCCGCGAAAUGCAACCAAGAAAGCGCGAUGGCACAGCGGGCAGAGGAGCUUAAGGCGUUGCAGGGACUGCGGUCUGUGUCGCAGAGUGUGUUCAAGGAAGAAGAAUGCGACGAAUACGAUGACGAAGACAUAACCAAUCAGCAAGACACGAUCUCAAUGGAACUGGACGGUCUGUGGCAACGACGACGGCGGAGGUGGCCGUCGUCGACGCCCGAUUCCGAAUGCCCCAAGUCGUGCUGGAUGGACGAAUGGAUCGACCGACAAAUGCAACGCCAUCGAGAUGGUCUCAAGUGGCUGGACACGAUCGAACAUCAUCUAGAAGAAGAUGCCGUCGAAUAUGGAGCGGCCGUGCACGAGUCAGCAGAUGCAGCAACAUUUGAACUUGCGGACGAGAGGUUCUUAGACGAGAUUGAGAUGCUCUUGCGGCAGGACGAGUCGAUGGAAGACACGUACCAAAUGCGUAGGAUAAGCGAUAACGCAGUGGCCGUUGUGUGUUAGCUCUUAUUCAGCUUCCCAGGCGCCACCAUCAACCACUUCGCUCGUCCUGGUACGUCGUCGCGGGGCGGG